UCUGUUCACCCACGAUGUCGCGUGAUUCAGAAGAUGAAAUUCUUACAGAUGUAUUGGAAAACGCAGCUGAAGUCGUGGAAGACCUGUCGAAAGAACUGGCAGAGCUGUACCAGUACAGAGAUCUGUUUUUUGAAAAUCAUCCUUUAGAGCUUGCUAAUGAAAAAAACAAGUUUGUUGAUCAGAAGAAGGAUGUUAUCCUUGAAAAAUUUGAGAAUAUUGAUGUAGACUCCCAGAUACCUCUAUCGCUUCGUGCUCAAUUCCUGUACCUCAAAGGCCGAUGUUACAACAUAAGUCCAACAUAUGAUGCACGAGCCACUCAAAGCCUUAGCAAAGCAGUAAAACUAAACCCACAUUUGGUUGAUGCGUGGAACGAGCUUGGGGAGUGCUAUUGGAAGAACAUGAAUGUUAAGGAUGCAAAGGCUAGCUUUGAAGGAGCUCUUAAACAUGAACGAAAUCGUCUCUCCCUCCGUUGUCUCUCAAUAAUUCUCCGUCAAGAAAGUGGCGCAAAUAAACGUGGGGAAGCAACGGCAACAAUUUUCAAAAGUGUGGAGUUGGCUAAGGAAGCUGUAGCUUUAGACCCAAAAGACGGUGUAUCGUGGACUAUUCUGGGAAAUGCUUAUUUGUGCCAAUUUUUCAUGGUAGCUCAGGACACAGUGACUUUAAAGGCUUGUCUAAGCGCUUAUAAGCAAGCCUGGGCUGAUCCUAUCGCUAAGGGGCAACCAGAUUUGUAUUAUAACAGGGGGAUUGCUUUAAAAUACGAAGAGUGCUACGACGAGGCACUGGAAAGUUUCGACUACGCCUGUCGCCUCGAUCCGCCAUGGGAGCCUCCAAAGCUAGAACUGAAUAUGCUACGGCAAUAUGUUCACGGGACCAAUGACCUCGUACGAACUAAGGGCAAGAUUAAGACAAAGAAGUUGUUACAAAUGGUGCAGUCGAUAGACAAAAAGAUGAUCGCUCCCUAUGGUCCAGACACGAAGCAUACAGUGGGUACUCGCAAGAACGUGACGUUCGAGCAGGUUCGCCUCGACGCGUUGCAAGAGGGAGACAAUGAGGGCAAAGUUCUCCUGGGCAGAGUCGUCGGCUCUAUUCACAGCGAGAGCGCCGUGCCUUUCACAUUCGCGAUAGUUGACGAGAGCAUGCAGUGCGUAUGCGUGACGGUGUAUAACUGGGCAGAUGGGCGCGGUGCCAUCAUCGGCGACUGCGUGGCCGUGCCCGAGCCACGUGUUAAAACACACAAACUCGAAUCACCACUUGCAACAUACAACUUCAAGUCAAUACGCGUAAACAACCCUAUGUGGUUGUUGGUGAAUGGCAAACGCGUUGGCCGCGAACAAUACGCCAGCACCAGAGUAACAAGCACGUACCAGAUUCACUGACAUACGCCAAACGACGGCGAGCUCAUCGACGAAACAUUGGUCGAACUACAUCUGCCCAAUAUGGACUUUGUGCAUAGGGUUGAGUAUUAUCGUCCAUUGAAUUUGUUGUUUGAGUUUAUCGUUGGACCCAGCACUUCGGCUCUUUAGAUAAAAGCCGUUUAUUCAAAGGUAAAACCACUCGCUAACGUCAUAUCGUAAAUACGAAUUCGGUUUUCGAAGCACGGGAUUCGUGGGUAAUAAAAUACUAAGUAAUAUCAUUAAAAAAAUUAAGUGUAAACUAGAACAAUCGCGCCUGAGUGGACAAAAAUAACAAUGAGUGCAGAAGAUCAUGGUUGUUUAUUGGUGCAUAUAAGUUACGUCAAAUAAUACUUAAUGUUUUUACUAAUGUCGUCUACAAUAUGGCGAUAUACUGUUAGCACUAACUAGCUAGAUGCUAACUUUUUUAGUGUUAUAGCUCCUUCGAUACGACUAACGUCAGAAUGAGGAAUUAUUGAGUUGGCUCAUUGACAAUUUAAUGUAUACAUAAGUUAUUUUAUAGGUUUGUUGUAAUACAGGCGUGACAGCUGCUUGAUAACAAUAUUUCUUAGUAUAGACAUAGUAUGAUAAAACAAGUAGACCGAUUCUCGAACUCUUCGAUAUUUUAACCAAAUCGUUCGAUUGGAUAUCGUUCUCGAAUCAAAGGGGGCUUUCCGAGUUAUUCAGAACAUUAGAGUUAAACGUUGGAUUCGGAUUCGGAUACGAUAUCGUUAUCCAACAACGUUUACGGAGUUAGUCGGUGAAAUAGAUUAUAAGAAAAAUGAAAAUUCUUUUUAUAUACAUUUU